AGGGGGCGAGGCUCUUGAUCUGUCAACAUUCUCUGCGCCGGAGGGAGGGAGGGCGGGCAGCUGGUUGGGUUGUGUGCGUGUUUUUUCCCCCUUCCUUCCUUCCCCCUCCCGCCCACCUCGCCUCUGAUUGGCUCCGCGAUGUCUCAGGACCCUGCGGGUGACGCUAUCGACUGGCCCAGCCAGCCGUCCGUCAGCUGGGAAAGUAAUAUGCCCAAAGUGUGGGGGUUUGUAGACUUGGGCUCAGAGAGCAACACUUUGGAGGAGCCUCCCUGCGCGCGCUUGUGAGCUCCCGGGUGCGGAAAAAAACACACCAAAACCAUUGUUAAUUGCUGCUAUUGCUGUUAUUUUUUUCCUUCCUACCUUGCUGCCUAAAUUGCAAAAAAAGCAAAAGGCUGUGAAAAUGGAGUGGAAUUCCCUGCUGAUGCUGCUGGAAGCUGCGGAAUACUUGGAAAGGCGAGAGAGAGGUACAUACAGCAAGAUUCCCUGCAAAAAGUUGAGGGGCUCCCACCCCAGGGCUGCGAUGCACCCCGGAUUUAUUAUUUUUUUUAAAAAAAAAAGUCACCUUGAGUGGGGGUGGGGAGAUGGGUUUGUUUUGUUGCAAAAAGGACUUUAAAAAAAAAGAAAAAGAAAAAGCCACGAAGUGAAGGAAAAAUCUCCCCACCGUUGGUCUGGUGGCGCUGCAGGUCCGCCUUUGCUCCCUUUCUCCGCCAACUCUCUCCCUUUGCAACUGCUUCCUCCCUUUGCAAUAAGUUGCUUGCAACGUUUGCACAGGCAGCAGCAGCAAUACGCGGCAGUUGUCACGAGCUCAGCUUUUGUGUGUUUUGUGUCUUUUUGCCUCUUCCCCCAACCAGAAGCGGAGCACGGCUACGCCUCGGUGCUGCCCUUCGACAGCGGCUACGCCAGGAGGAAAAGCAAGGCCGGGAAGCCCCAGAGCAGCCGGUGAGUGCGGGGGGCUGCGAUUCCCUACCCCCCACCCAGGAGCCCUCUGCUUAAAUGCAGUUAUUCCCUCGGCCUUAUUUAUGGGUGGGCUGCAUGUGUUUCUGCACUACAACUCCCAUCAUCCCUGGCCGCUGCUCCUGCUAGCUGAGGAUGAUGGGAGCUGUAGUCCUCCCGCCACCUGAUAGGACCCAGAGGCCGUGUUGAUGCACUAGCACAAGGUAUUUUGCAGCGACUUCAGCACCAGCGCAGAAGCAGGAGGUCGCCAUUUCCUUCUGCCGACCCCUCUUUUCUGGGCUGGGUUUAUGUUUCGGUCUCUCCUGAAGAAGCUGCCACGCGUACAGCGGGGGUUCCUUUCUCCCUAGCAACCUCCACUGGAUGCUACCCAACCCAACCCCACCCCGCAGUCCCCUUUUGCUCCUUGGCUCCAGGGAUUUCGACUUGGGCGAGGGCAGGAUCGCUAACACCCCAAAAUUGUCAACUUCAGUUUUCAAAAGCAGGUGCCUUGGGGGGGGGGAUGAAAAGCACGAAAGUCAAACCUGCUGAACUUGUUUUAAAUUGCAAGAAUAAGCAGCGCAGCGAUCUUUGAGUAUCUUUCUCAAAUACAAAAAGGUGUUUCAGCGCACAGAUCGUUCUGAACAAUCUUGGGAACUGCGGUGUUAAAAGUAUCUUGCGAGUUUCAGUUACAGGCGCAUCAAAACUGCAGUAUGUGCAUCUUUUCCUUUGCAAAUUUUGUCACCUGUUCCUUCGGGUCGAGUGCUGGUAAUACGGGUUGAAUUGGUUGCCACCCCGACUGGUCUGUUUCGCAACAUUGUCGAUCGCAUGUAAGCUUGAGCUUUGAAAAACUGCAUUAAAAAUAAAAAGUAAAAUGUUAUCAGGCAGUUUUAACAAAAACUAAUCUGUAUAAAGCUGUGUCCUCUGAGGUCUGCAUCCUAAUGAUCAUGCCAGACCCGCUGCUACCACAUACCACACUUGUAAGCCUCUGUGUUUGUUUGUUUUUUGCUUUUUUUUGCAUGCUUAACCUGGAAGUGAUUUCCACUGGAUUCAGUGGGACUUGCAGGUGAGAUUCUGCAUGGUCUCUAUAAAAAGUACAACUUAAUAGAUGCACUAAGAGAGUAGCAAGGUGGCAGAACGCUGUAAGAUUGGCAUAAAGGGAGUUAUUUAAUAUUUCCUUGCAUCUCCUUAUCUUUGACCAGGUUUAUAAAGGUAAAGGGACCCCUGACCAUUAGGUCCAGUCGUGGCCGACUCUGGGGUUGCGGCGCUCAUCUCACUUUAUUGGCCGAGGGAGCCGGCGUACAGCUUCCGGGUCAUGUGGCCAGCAUGACUAAGCCGCUUCUGGCGAACCAGAGCAGCGCACGGAAACGCCGUUUACCUUCUCGCCGGAGCGGUACCUCUUUAUCUACUUGCACUUUGACGUGCUUUCGAACUGCUAGGUUGGCAUGAGCAGGGACCGAGCAACGGGAGCUCACCCCGUCACGGGGAUUCGAACCGCCGACCUUCUGAUCGGCAAGUCCUAGGCUCUGUGGUUUAACCCACAGCGCCACCCGCGGCUCUGGAUACUUUACCCUGAGCUUUCCUGCUCUGCUUAACUGGAUGUGUGCCUGGAUAGAGUGAGAUGGUGCCUUUAUUCUUUGCUUGUUCUAUAUACAGUAAGUGUUUGAAAAGGGAGUUUCAUCUGGCCGUUUAUACUGAUUGUUGAAGAGAGCACCGGGGAGGCCUUGGAAGCAGGAGCUUGUGAAGCACAAACUACUCACACACACCUUCAAACCCCACCCCCCUUGCAGGGACUCCUGUCCUAAUGAUCAGAAGGAGCUGCUUAGGAUUGUUUUGCAGACUCAGCAGAUUUGGCCCCAAACAAAGUCCAGGACACCCUGUGUUUUAAAGAACGUGCCUGCUUCUUCCUUGACUUCUUGAAAUACCCAUUCAUUGUUCUUGAUGCCCUCCUUUGCUUAUCCUUCUCUUUGUUCAUGCAAAAUAUCAUCUUGGAGAGAGAGAAAAAACUACCUACAAAGGAAUCUGAAAUAAUCGCAAGCGCUCGCCAUAUCAGACAAGCUUCUCAGUCGCUUGCUAUUCCUGAGUGCAGCCAACAAAACUGAAAUCAGGAAUGAGUCUAGUGAUGUUUCGAUGCUUUUUUAUUACUAUAGCCAAUUAGAUACUUAAGGCACCACAAUAUAUCUGUACUGCAACAUUUAAUAUACAAUUAAAUGCAGGGCUUCUUGCAACUCAUAUGAGCCCUGUCGCAUUAGAUCACAGGCCUCUCUGGUCCAGAUCCUGUUUCUCACAUUAACUACCCAGAUGACUCUAAGAAGCCUACAAAAAGAACAUGAAAGCACUUGUUGUUGUUGUUUAGUCAUCUUAGUCGUGUUCAACUCUCUGUGACCCCAUGGACCAGGGCAUGUCUUGGAAACUCUCACUUUCUUCUCAAAGCUUCUCCUUUUUUAUAUCCAUGGAGUUUUCUUGGCAAAAUACUGGAGUGGAUUGCCAGUUCCUUUUCCAGGUGGAUCACAUUUAGUCUAAACUCUUGGCUAUGACCUGUCCAUCUUGGGUGGCCCUGCACGGCAUCAUAGCUCAUAGCUUCUCUGAGUUAUUCAAGCCCGUUCGCCACGACAAGGCAGUGAUCCGUCCCCUACUAUUGCCCCUCCCAGAAUCAAAAUUAAGUACCCAGUUUUCUUAACCUUGUCACAAACCAUCUCUGGGUUCAGGGGUGCCAACUAUGGGGGACUCUGGAUGCCUGAGCCCCCACAAAUUUUUUGUUGUGGAUGCUCAGGUACCCACACCUUAGGGUUACCUGUGCAACUUCCAAGGUCUUGCAUUGGGCACCCGUAACCUGGGACCCAAGCCCGCUCCCCUGUCUGGGUUCAAAGACACAGCAGCAGAUGGAGGUUUUAGCCAUAGGAAAGGAACGUUGUUUUUUGCUUUGUAGUUGGAUCAACUCAAAAAUCUGAUGUCGAAUUUUGUUUCUGGAAGUCCACCUUGUAGAUGCUGGAAGACUUUAAAGGAAGGCUCAUGCAUUUUGCGAGUACCUGCAGAGAAACCCCGGGAGCGAACUCUCCUCAGCCGCAGCCAGCAUGGCAAAUGGUCAGGGUUGGCAACAGUUGUAGUCCGACAACAGUUCAGUCACCCUGAUACAGACAACCUUCCUCCAGUUGUUUCACUUUCAAGAAAUAGUAUGCGCACCCUCAAGAAAUUCGAAGUCUCUUCUGUGCAUAGCAGGGUCACCUUUUCAGAUUAGGGAGGUGGGUGGAAUUCUCGACAGGCAGGGUUUUCAAUAUAUUCAGAGGUAAAUACCCCAUUUUAAGAGCAUCCGUUGCAUUUUUGUGCUUCAUCAAAGCGGUAACAGUGUAAUAAUAUCAAACGCAUAGUUUAGAUGUUCCGUAUAGAUCCGUAAAACGUUGCCCCAAUGUACCUUAAUAAAAAGAAAAAACUGCCCUUAAUUAAUCUGCAUUGCUUGCAGGGGUGGGGAAAGAAAUUUCCCCUAAAAUUUCCUUUCCCCAACAGGUGCUCGACACUGGUGCAUGCAAGAAAUUGUGGCUUGGGGGCCAAUAUUAUUCAUUUAGCAAUACUGAAGAAGAAUAAGCCCUACCUUUCGUUUCCUAACACUAAACACCUCGAGGCAGCUAACAUCACAAGGAAAUGCAAGGUUGAGAACCUCGUCCUUCAUUUGCAAAUGCCAAGUUUGCUUCUUUCGUACACCAUUUUGUAGAAGUAGAAGACUAGGGUAGGAAUCACCUCACCUUGUGAAAUUUCUCCUGGGAACUCGCUGAGUACAAGGGUCCCCUCAUGGUCUGCAACCUAAUAAACCUGAAGAGGCAGAGCAACCAUGGAUAGAAGCAUAGACAGAAGCUAUACAGUGGUACCUCAGUUUACAUACGCUUCAGGUUACAGACUCCGCUAACCCAGAAAUAGUGCUUCAGGUUAAGAACUUUGCUUCAGGAUGAGAAUAGAAAUCGUGCUCUGGCAGCGCAGCAGCAGCAGGAGGCCCCAUUAGCUAAAGUGGUGCUUCAGGUUAAGAACACUUUCAGGUUAAGUACGGACCUCCGGAACGAAUUAAGUACUUAACCCGAGGUACCACUGUAUAUGACAAACAAAUCUGAAUUAAACCCCUAGUGAUGUAUGGAAAUGAGAGCUGGACCGUAAAGAAGGCUGAUCGCCAAAGAAUGGAUGCUUUUGAAUUAUGGUGCUGGAGGAGACUCUUGAGAGUCCCAUGGACUGCAAGAAGAUCAAACCUAUCCAUUCUGAAGGAAAUCAGCCCUGAGUGCUCACUGGAAGGACAGAGAAGACUCCCUGGAAAAGACGUGGGGAAAGAUGGAGGGCACAAGGAGAAGGGGUGACAAAGGACGAGAUGGUUGGACAGUGUUCUCGAAGCUACGAACAUGAGUUUGACCAAACUGCGGGAGGCAGUGGAAGACAGAAGUGCCUGGCGUGCUCUGGUCCAUGGGGUCACGAAGAGUCGGACACAACUAAAUGACUAAACAACAACAACAGGAUGAGGGUUGUGGGUUAAGCAGCAAAUCAUGGGCUGGGUAUUCCAGUCCUGACGCAUCAAAGAAAUUGAAAUGUCAUUGGAGAGGCAAGGCCUCAUUGGCAGUAGGUUGAGCAUCUUAAGCACUAUUGUUCUCUGUUUCAUUUUUUUUUUUAAUGAUAUUUAUUAAAGUUUCACAAAAAUACAGAAAACAAAGAAAAAAGUAUAAAUUACAGCAAAAAAGCAAAAAGUAAGAAAAAACAUACAAAAUAAAACAGUUAAAAACACAAUAAUGUUCCAUAACCUAUCUUCCUUACUCUUAUUUCCCCAGACCUCCUCAUACCUCCCUUCUUUGUAUUCCAAUUCAGUUUGUUGGUUCAGCAAAUCCUUACCAUUAGUCUUUUACCCAAUUGUUAACCUUUUUUUUUUCCAUAUCUCUUAAAGCAUUACAGCUAAAAACCUCUUAAUUUCUAUCCAGCAUCCUUCUAAAGUUCCUUAAUUUUACAAUAUUUCUGUAAAUAGUCCUUAAAUUUUUUCCAGUCUUCUUUCACCGACUCUUCUCCCUGGUCUCGGAUUCUGCCAGUCAUUUCCGCCAAUUCCAUGUAGUCAAUCACCUUCAUCUGCCAUUCUUCCAAAGUGGGUAGAUCUUGUGUCUUCCAAUACUUUGCGAUAAGUAUUCUUGCUGCUGUUGUAGCAUACAUGAAAAAGGUUCUGUCCUUCUUUGGCACCAGUUGGCCGACAAUGCCCAAGAGAAAGGCCUCUGGUUUCUUCAGAAAGGUAUAUUUAAAUACCUUUUUCAGUUCAUUAUAUAUCAUUUCCCAGAAAGCCUUAAUCUUUGGGCACGUCCACCAAAGGUGAAAGAAUGUACCUUCAGUUUCUUUACAUUUCCAACAUUUAUUAUCGGGCAAAUGAUAAAUUUUUGCAAGCUUGACUGGGGUCAUGUACCACCUGUAUAUCAUUUUCAUAAUAUUCUCUCUUAAGGCAUUACAUGCCGUAAACUUCAUACCUGUGGUCCAUAACUGUUCCCAGUCAGCGAACAUAAUAUUAUGUCCAACAUCUUGUGCCCAUUUAAUCAUAGCAGAUUUCACUGUUUCAUCCUGAGUAUUCCAUUUCAACAGCAAGUUAUACAUUCUUGACAAAUUUUUAGUUUUGGGUUCUAACAAUUCUGUUUCUAAUUUUGACUUUUCCACUUGGAAGCCUAUUUUCUUAUCCAAAUUAUAUGCCUCCAUUAUCUGAUAGUAGUGGAGCCAAUCUCUCACUUUAUUUUUUAAUUUUUCAAAACUCUGCAAUCUCAAUUUAUCUCCUUCUUGCUCCAAAAUUUCCCAAUAUGUCGGCCAUUUGGCCUCCAUAUUGAGCCUUUUCAGAGCUUUUGCUUCCAUUGGUGACAGCCACCUUAGGGUUUUAUUUUCCAAUAAGUCUUUGUAUCUUAUCCAGACAUUAAACAAUGCUUUCCUAACAGUAUGAUUUUUAAAUGCUUUGUGUGCUUUGACCUUAUCAUACCAUAAGUAUGCAUGCCAUCCAAAUACAUUGUUAAAACCUUCUAAAUCCAAAAUGUCUGUAUUUUCAAGAAGUAGCCAUUCUUUCAGCCAGCAGAAAGCUGCUGAUUCAUAAUAAAGUUUAAGGUCUGGCAGGGCAAAUCCACCUCUUUCCUUGGCGUCAGUUAAUAUCUUAAAUUUUAUUCUGGGCUUCUUGCCCUGCCAGACAAAUCUAGAAAUAUCUCUCUGCCACUUCUUGAAACAGUCCAUCUUAUCUACAAUUUGUAAUGUCUGAAACAAAAACAACAUUCUAGGCAAUACAUUCAUCUUUAUCACAGCAAUACGGCCCAGCAACGAGAGUUUCAAAUUUGACCAAAUUUCUAAAUCUUUUUCACUUCCGUCCAACAUUUUUCGUAAUUAUCUUUAAAUAAGUUCCCAUUUUUGGCUGUCAUAUUAAUCCCCAAGUAUUUCACUUUCUUUACCACAUUCAAUCCUGUCUCAUUCUGAAACCUCUCUCUUUCAAUCGGUGUUAAGUUUUCUCUAAAACCUUAGUUUUUAACUUGUUCAAUUUAAAACCUGCCACCUGACCAAAUUCCUGAAUUAAUUCUAAAACUCUUUUAGUACUAGAUUCUGGCUCCUGUAACGUCAAUACUAGGUCAUCUGCAAAUGCUCUCAAUUUGUUCUGUUUAGCUCCGACCUGUAUGCCCUUAACCAACCGGUCCUUUCUAAUCAUAUUUAGCAAAACCUCCAGGACCAAUAUAAAAAGCAGUGGGGAAAUUGGGCACCCCUGUCGUGUCCCUUUUUCUAUCUUAAAUUCUUCCGUAACCACAUUAUUUACAAUUAAUUUAUUGUUCUCUGUUUCACACGAUUUGCUUUUCUGCCUUUCUAACUUGGGCGAACACAGUUCACACAUCCCAUGAAGCUGACUUCAAUUCAAAAAAGCUUGCGCCAUAUUAAAUUUGGCACCACCAGACUGUUGUUUUUGCUGCAGCAACCUAACAAGGCUACCCCUCUGGAAAGCAUACAACAAGCUUUGCUUGUUGUAUUUCUGCCAUCCAUGGAGCUUUUAAAGACGCAGGAGCGCUGUUGAGAAAAAGGAGGCAUUUCUCAGAGUAGGAAUAGGGGACUUCAGAUCCAGCGUCCAAGUGUGGCCCUCCAGGCAGCUCUGUCUGGCCCUCUGAGACCCACUCCUCCCCAGCUCUGCUCUGCAUCCUCCUUGAGUGUUCUCCCCUGGCUGGGUUUCAUCCUUGGACCUCUUCUCUGCCUGGGUAGUGCACAGAAACGGGUAUGCGGUCAUGUGUAGAAACAAGCUUACUCUGCAAAGAUAACCUUCUGCAUUCAUUGCUCUGCCCAUUUUUGGCGCUGUGGGUUAAACCACAGAGCCCUAGGACUUGCCAAUCAGAAGGUUGGUAGUUCGAAUCCCUACGACGGGGUGAGCUUUCAUUGCUCGGUCCCUGCUCCUGCCAACCUAGCAGUUUGAAAGCACGUCAAAGUGCAAGUAGAUAAAUAGGUACCGCUCCAGCGGGAAGGUUUCCGUGCGCUGCUCUGGUUCUCCAGAAGCAGCUUAGUCAUGCUGGCCACAUGACCCGGAAGCUGUACGCCAGCUCCCUCGGCCAAUAAAGCGAGAUGAGCACCACAACCCCAGAGUCAGCCACGACUGGACCUAAUGGUCAGGGGUCCCUUUACCUUUAAUGGCAUGGAAGGUUGCUGAGAAGGUUUCAACCCUCAGGUUGAAAAGGUUUCCCCUACCUUAGAGUAAGCUAACCACAGGAAAACAAGCAAGGAAGAAAGAGGCAGAUACUAUUAUUAUUAUUAUUAUUAUUAUUACUAUUUAUGUAUUUAUUUAUUAUGGAAAGCACUCAGCUGAACGCAUUUUGGUGGGACUCAUGCUCUGUCUCAUAAUACAUUGAUGUUCCGGACCAUAUAGCUCAGGCAUUUCUGCAUUUUCCUUCAAAAUUAACAAUGUUGACUCUCCUCCCUUGAUAGGUAGCAGCCUUAUAAAGUUGCACCGAUAGAAUAAGGCACUGGCUUGCUAACGGAGAGCUUGAGGCUAAAGCUGUGUUUUUAUAUUGGAAAUUGCUCUGUGAUCUUUGGGCGAAGGGUGGUAUCAACUUUUUAUGCCGUGAUUUUUAAAAUUAAAAAACAAAUCCUUAUUGUGACUUGAGAGGUCUUUUAUUUUAUUUUAUUUUUAUUUAGGUCUGCAGUGAUCUAAGUGUGCAAUAACAUGUGGAAUCAGUAACAGUCUCCAGACCGUUGAGAUUUUCAGAUAGUGGCCGCCUUAGUUACUAGCCGAUACUAAGAAUAUGCCACUAGAUUUUGUGACUGUCACGAGCUGCGGUCGUAAGGAACCUCCUGGCAUCUGUUUACUGAGUUGAUGUGGAGGGGGAAGAAAGGAUUAACGAAAGCAUGGUGGACAGGUUAGACUAAGCUCUUGCAAUGUCUGAGGAGAAGAGCUAAAUGUUUCGACAGGGAGCGUGGAAGAACUUAAAAUUCGGGGCAGAGAAGGAUGAUGGCUGCAGAAAGCAGGAUGGAUAAAGGAGUAGGGACAAAAUCUGGGACUUGAGCAAAUAGAUGUUUUGCUGACAGGGCCAAGGUAAAGGUAAAGGGACCCCUGACCAUUAGGUCCAGUCGUGGCUGACUCUGGAGUUGCGGCACUCAUCUCACUUUAUUGGCCAAGGGAGCCGGCGUACAGCUUCCAGGUCAUGUGGCCAGCAUGACUAAGCCGCUUCUGGCAAACCAGAGCAGCACACGGAAACGCCGUUUACCUUCCCGCCACAGCGGUACCUAUUUAUCUACUUGCACUUUGACGUGCUUUCGAACUGCUAGGUUGGCAGGAGCAGGGACCGAGCAACGGGAGCUCACCCCACCGCAGGGAUUCGAAUCGCCGACCUUCUGAUCGGCAAGCCCUAGGGUCAGUGGUUUAGAGCACAGCGCCACCCGCGUCCCUUAGACAGGGUCAAAGGGGUGGCCAAAGAAAAGGUGAGAUGGGGACUAGCUUACACAUGGUUAGGGUUAGCAAUUUCGCUGCUCGGCUUGUGUGCCAGUAAAAGUUUCAUAUAGUACUCAGCAGAAGCUGAAAGCUGCUCUGCUCCUGCCUGUGUCCUUCGCAGCAGCCUGACCCAAAGAAUUUGCCUUUUAAAUUUCUUAGCCACCUUUCUCAGAAACCACUCAAGGUCAAAUUACAGGAAGAUAAAAUCCUGAAAACAUGCAGUGUUUAAAACCACAAACAGUAAAAAAAACAAAUCCAUAUGAUACUAAAAGAACACUUCCCCGUCAAAGUUAACAAAAUCAAAACCAGUAGAAUAUACAGUUAACCAAAACAAAACAAAAAUUUAAUGGUCUUUAAAAACAACCCCAAUCACUUGCCUUCAGAUGCCUGGUGCUGAAGAGACACCGGGUGGGCUUUGCUGGGAGAGCAUUCCACAGACUGGUGGAGGGGCCACACCCCAAAAGCCCCUGCCCCCCUUGCCACUCCAUGAGCCUCUCUGAGGUGACAGGUGAAAGUGGGGAGCUUUUUUCCGUUGACUUUUGUGCCCGGCUGUUUUUAAAGGUGCAGGAGAAGGGCCACUAAAGAGUGGCCAUUGUACAAGCAGGAAAGGUCUAGAAUCCAUGGACCACAGAGCAAAGGAGCUAUAUAGAGUUGCUGGAUCCAAAUUUGAGGACUCUCCCCUUGAAGAGAUGAAUAUAGGACAAAAGUUUGCUUCUCACGUCUUUCAAGAUGGAGGCGAGAAAAGCCACACCUUGCGAAAUAAUAAUAAUAAUUAAUAAUUAAUAAAUUUUAUUUAUAUCCUGCCCUCCCCAGCCGAAGCCGGGCUCAGAGCAGCUAACAUCAAAUGUAUAACACAUUAACAUAACAUCAGACAAUCAAUUAAAAUACAUCCUCAAAUCAGAUCAGGAUCAGAAUAAAAUCCAAUCAGAUGGCAACCGGCAGAUUAGGGAUGGGGACCUAAAAUGCUCACCAGGCCCAACUGUUUGUGCUGAACUUAUAUGGGCCUGUGAGAAAAAUUGGGAGGCCACUUUCAUGCAAGUUCUUAUGAAAGGGGAGAGGGAGUCAGACUGAACCCCGACUAAAGGCCUGGCAGAACAGCUCAGUCUUGCAGGCCCUGCAGAAAGAUGUCAAGUCCCGCAGGGCCCUAGUCUCUUGUGACAGAGCGUUCCACCAGAUCGGAGCCACAGCCGAAAAAGCCCUGGCUCUGGUUGAGGCCAGCCUAACCUCCCUGUGGCCUGGGACCUUCAAGAUGUUUUUAUUUGAAGACCGUAAGGUCCUCUGUGGGACAUACAGUGGUGCCUCACAAGACGAAAAGAAUCCGUUCCGCGAGUCUCUUCGUCUUGCGGUUUUUUCAUCUUGCGAAGCAAGCCCAUUAGCGGAUUAGCGCUAUUAGUGGCUUAGCUGGCUUAGCGGAUCAGCUGAUAAGCGGCUUAGCGGAUCAGCUGAUAAGCGGCUUAGUGGCUUAACGGAUCAGCUGAUAAGCGGCUUAGCGAUCAGCUGUUAAGCGGCUUAGCGGAUCAGCUGAUAAGCGGCUUAGCGGAUCAGCUGAUAAGCGGCUUAGCGGAUCAGCUGAUAAGCGGCUUAGCGGAUCAGCUGAUAAGCGGCUUAGCGGAUCAGCUGAUAAGCGGCUUAGCGGAUCAGCUGAUAAGCGGCUUAGCGGAUCAGCUGAUAAGCGGCUUAGCGGAUCAGCUGAUAAGCGGCUUAGCGGAUCAGCUGAUAAGCGGCUUAGCGAUCAGCUGUUUAGCGGCUUAGCGGAUCAGCUGAUAAGCGGCUUAGCGGCUUGGGGAAAAGGGGGGGGGGAACCCCGCAGGAACUCGCAAGACAUUUUCGUCUUGCGAAGCAAGCCCAUAGGAAAUUCGUUUUGCGAAGCACCUCCAAAACGGAAAACCCUUUCGUCUAGCGGGUUUUCCGUCUUGCGAGGCAUUCGUCUUGCGGGGCACCACUGUACCAGGACAUAGCAAAUUCUUGCCUCCGCAAAGCUUAGAAGCACAGGAGUCCCAUCAAGAUCUUGACUUAGCAACUCUCAGGAGACGGUGAUGCCUAAAUUGUCAGUGAGGAUGGGAAGUGACUUUCUCAAAUUGAUCUGAACAGGGCAAACCCUAGGCUUGGCCUCACCUACAGAGUGCCAAGCAGCCUCCCUCUGCUUGGUGAACGAAAUUAGGAUGGCGCACACCAGCGGCAAAGUUGUCUUUAUCUACCAAGCUGUGUCCACAGCUAUGCCCGUGAGAGUCACAUCAUUGCUGAGGGAACUCUUUAGGCAGGUUACAAAAGCAGCCACUGGCUUCUGGGUGAUGGAACUAGACAGCUCAGGUAUGACCUAUGUGCAGAGAGAGUUGUUAUAUGUGCUGGCCGUUGACGUCUGUUUUCAACUAAGCCAUUAUCUCCUUAUCCAUGUUCUUGAAAACUGUAUGAACAUACCUAGAGCAACACUAAGUUGUGUUAGAUCCUCAACUAGAGCCAGGGCCUUUUCGGCUGUGGCUCCGAUCUGGUGGAACGCUCUGUCACAAGAGACCAGGGCCCUGCGGGACUUGACAUCUUUCCGCAGGGCCUGCAAGACAGAGCUGUUCCACCAGGCCUUUGGCCAGGGCACAGCCUGACUCCCUCCCUCGGCAAUCUUCGCGGAGCUCUGGCCCAAUGGCUGCCAGUGGCUUGAAUUAAUUAAUUUUAUAAUGAAUGAUUUUAGAGUGUUGUUUAUGCUGUACUUUUGUAUUGUUUUAUUGUUGUUAGCCGCCCUGAGCCCGGCUUCGGCUGGGGAGGGCGGGAUAUAAAUAAAAUUCAUUAUUAUUAUUAUUAUUAUUGUACCCCAAUCCUAGUGAAUUAAAUGGCUGAGGAAGGACAGAGGAAUCGUUCUAUAGGCUGUGCCUUUCAAAUCCACCUUGGAGUGUUCUAAGGUUUGCAACUGCUGUCCUUCUUGUCCAUUGGAGCUUAUCUGGAUAUUUUACGAAAGCAGGAGCCUUCUGGCUUGAGAACUUCCUACUCGCCUUUUCCAGGCUGCAGUUCCCUUCCUCUGAGAUCGUUUCCUUGGAAGAUAGAACAUGCAGAUGACUUCUCCCAGCCUCUCUCUUAAACUGUCCGGUUUGGGAACUCUGAAAUGAUGGGCCUUCCCACCAUAACAGGGCAAAUGUUCUCUUGAUAACAGUUGCAAUGACACAGGCUGCGUCUUGUGCCUCUUGUCCAAAGUAGGAUCUGCCGCAUAACAGGCUCACGUUGCCAGACGUGAGUUCAUCUGUUCCCAAAGGAACAUGAGAGAGUUUUUCUGCUGAUCAUAUUGCUUAAGUAUACUACAUUUGGCAUUUAUUGUUAGAAAGCAACUUCCAUCAGUUCUGAUAUUGGUCACGCUGGCUGGGUCCAAAGGCAGCUGUGGGCCAAUAAUAAUAAUAAUAAUUUAUUAUUUAUACCCCGCCCAUCUGGCUGAGUUUCCCCUGCCACUCUGGGCAGCUCCCAAUCAAGUGUUAAAAACAGUACAGCAUUAAAUAUUAAAAACUUCCCUGAACAGGGCUGCCUUCAGAUGUCUUUUAAAGAUAGGAUAGCUGCUUAUUUCCUUCACAUCUGAAGGGAGGGUGUUCCACAGGGUGGGAGCCACUACCGAGAAGGCCCUCUGUCUGGUUCCCUGUAGCCUCACUUCUCGCAAUGAGGGAACCGCCAGAAGGCCCUCGGUGCUGGAUCUCAGUGUCCAGGCUGAACGAUGGGGGUGGAGACGCUCCUUCAGAUAUACAGGACAACAUCUGGGGGCACCAUUGCUCCUGCAAUAGCUAACUGCCAUAAGCAAUACAGUGGUACCUUGGGUUACAUACGCUUCAAGUUACAUACGCUUCAGGUUACAGACUCCGCUAACCCAGAAAUAGUACCUCGGGUUAAGAACUUUGCUUCAGGAUGAGAACAGAAAUUGUGCUCCGGCGGCGUGGCGGCAGCAGGAGGCCCCAUUAGCUAAAGUGGUGCUUCAGGUUAAGAACGGACCUCCAGAACGAAUUAAGUACUUAACCCAAGGUACCACUGUAGUUCUGUUUAAGAGACAUGUGGCCUGCAGACUUCAGUCCUACAAAACCAUCUUCCUUUUUUUUUUACUAUUUUUGUAUGCGGAGGGGUUAUUUAAUUUUGUGAAGUGUGAAAUAUAAAAAUCCCAACCAGAUUCAAGGUUGAGCCUUGGGGGAGAAAAUAAGAUGUGCUAAUAGUGUUCUGGAUAUGUCAAAAUAGGUCCCUAAGAUAUUUUUUUAAUGGAUUUCUGACAGGAACUGAUUGAAAGUGCAUUGUUUCAUUUGAACUUCGGGUUAUUAGCAAAUAAAAUUCUAUAAUAUAUCAUACUUUCUGUUGUUGUUGUUUUUAUAGGUCUUCACAUAAUGAACUAGAAAAGCAUAGGUAAGUAGUACGAAUCAAACAGAACCAGUACGGACACUAUUAUUCUGCUAUGGCACAAUCCUGCAAGAGAAACAUUUAAAAAUUGGAAAUAACAGGGAAUUAUAUUUGUUUAACUUGUGUUUAUUUUAUGAAAGUGUUUGCUGUCAAAUUCCAACCACUCGUUUUCAGAAACAGGCAUCUAAACGUUGAAUUAUACUAUGUGAAUAAUGCUGUUUAUACUUAAGGUUUCAAUGACAUUAAAAUAUUUCUGAAUCUGUCUACUGUAGCUCUUAAGGGGCACGUUCCUGGCUAAUAAUUGGCAGCUCUGUUGCUUGCUGGAGCAUCAAAAACAAAUGGCACCUUUCCACAGACACUAGAAAAGUAAGGCAGUGCCUAGCGACUACGGAGAGCCGAGAGAGGAAUUGCACAAGGUUUCCUACCUCUGACAGCAGAACGUCCUGAAGGGUGCCUAUAGAAGCACCAAAAAGUUUGAGCAGUUAACAGGGUAGGCAGACAGGGCAUUUGCAAUGCAUUCUUCCAGCAAGGGCAGACAUAGAGCUGGAGAAAUAGGGCUGGAGUGAGGAGAAAGGGAAAGAAUCAGCGCAAUAAAUUGCCUCCCCGUAUUGGUGCUGGGCUCCUGGUUGUAGGGGCACACACAGUAGAGAAUGGAAUUUCGCUCCAGCAACUUGACCCUCCAACUUAGCGCUAGCGCGCCCCCCCAAAUGCAAGGGUCCCAGAUUAAAUAAACCAAUCUGCUGUUCGUUGUUGUCAUUUAGUCGUGUCCAACUCUUCGUGACCCCCUGGACCAGAGCACGCCAGCCACUCCUGUCUUGCACCAGUGUGGUGUAGUGGUUAAGAGCGGUAGACUAGUAAUCUGGGGAACCAGGUUUGCGUCUCCGCUCCUCCACAUGCAGCUGCUGGGUGACCUUGGGCUAGUCACACUUCUCUGAAGUCUCUCAGCCCCACUCACCUCACAGAGUGUUUGUUGUGGGGGAGGAAGGGAAAGGAGAAUGUUAGUCGCUUUGAGACUCCUUAAAGGGAGUGAAAGGCGGGAUAUCAAAUCCAAACUCUUCCCUUCUUCUUCUUCUUCUUCUUCUUCUUCUUCUUCUUCCACUGCCUCCCGCAGUUUGGUCAAACUCAUGCUGGUAGCUUCGAGAACACUAUACAACCAUCUCGUCCUCUGUCGUCCCCUUCUCCUUGUGCCCUCCAUCUUUCCCAACAUCAGGGUCUUUUCCAGGGAGUCUUCUCUUCUCAUGAGGUGGCCAGAGUAUUAGAGCCUCAGCUUCAGGAUCUGUCCUUCCAGUGAGCACUCAGGGCUGAUUUCCUUCAGAAUAGAGAGGUUUGAUCUUAUUGCAGUCCAUGGGACUCUCAAGAGUCUCCUCCAGCACCAGAAUUCAAAAGCAUCAAUUCUUCGGCGAUCAGCCUUCUUUAUGGUCCGGCUCUCACUUCCAUACAUCACUACUGGGAAAACCUGCUGUUCACUGGAGCUCAAAUAAAAAGGCAUCAGUAGGCUGGUGCUUGUGUGCUGGCUGUCCCUCUCACUCACUCACAACUCUUUCUGUUUCAGCAGGAGGCAGGGCAAAGGCGGCAGCAGACAGUACACAGAAGGCAUGCUCCAAACAAGAGCGGAGCCUCCUGCAGCCUGGAUCUCAAAGCCUGCUGCUGUCAGGCUGUGCAAGCUCAGUGGAGCAACAGCCAAAGGCAUGGCCCGCUAAGUGGAAUGCCGUGACCCUCACCCUGUUCCCUGUGUUCAGUGUGUGACUAUCUUAGACGCUAAUCCUUGCAUCCUGGUGGGGUUGAAAUGCAAGUCUGCAAGAUUGUAGGGUCCAGAUGCCCUAGAAAAAUGCUAUUUUUGGAAAGCAAAACAUCUGCCAGGAGAUGGGUAGAAAGGACCAGGCCAUAACAUUGUUCUGUGAUUGAUUGAUUGAUUGAUUGAUUGAUUGGCAGAUAUAGGGAGUUUCUAGGUGGAAAUUGAAGGGUAUCGAUCAGGGCCGUCUUUAGCAUAUGUGCUGCUGGGGUGCAAAGAAGCGCCUCCAAAUGUAGUUUAGCCGCCCCCAAAUUAACUUUUAUUGACCUUUUUUUGGAGAGGGGGAAGCCAGUAACAGAGCGACAGAGGAGGGGAGUGGGGACUUUGGCUCCAUUGCUUUUCGCUGCCGCCGAUUGAGAGGGCCAGUAUACAGUAGGUAUGCAAUUGGCGCCUGCCAGAAUUUGGCACCCGGGUGCCCUGCACCCCUUGCACCCCCUGGUAAAGACGGCCCUGGUAUCAGUGUAGGAAGGGCAGGAGAGAGUGGCUUUGAAAUUUUGGGUAAAUGCUUAGCGAUUUCCCCCUGGGCUCUGCCCUAGCAACCCUAAUAAGUCUUCACUGAUACCAAUCAAUUUCUGAGCAGUCGGGGGGUCUUCACGGGUUCUUAUUAUAAGUGUCAAUGUAUCAUUUAGCUUUUAGUCCAGGGGAAGCUUCCAACCGUAGAACGAGCCCUUGUUCCAUUUUCUCCUCUGCCUCUCAACAUUCUGUGUCCUUGUAGUGUCUUGAGUCUUUUACACAGUGCCAGCUGCCCUGGAAAUCAAAACAGGAUAUAAAUGUGUUAAAACAAAGAGUGCAAUGAUUGGGGGUGGGGGGGAGGGAACAAUGACGAGAAAAAGUGGGUUUGAUGCUUUGAACUUUGUUCAUCAGAUCUUUACAAGGGUUGUCAUUUUAGUGCUGGGAUGAAUGUCCUUUUUGCUUGUUUGAAGGUAGCAAUCCUGAAUUUAUAUGCUAUCUGUUGCACUCUAGUAAGCUAAAGUGCACUGUAACAACACUAAAUGUGUUUGCUUUUUUAAAAUUUCAGACGAGCUAAACUACGACUAUAUUUAGAAGAGUUAAAACAACUUGUCCCUUUGGGAGCAGAUAGCACUAGACAUACCACACUCAGUCUGCUGAAAAGAGCCAAGAUGCAUAUUAAGGUAAAAAAAAAAAGCGAGUUACCUUUUAUUUUGUUUUACUUAAACAACAAUCUGACACACACACCCUUUCUUUUGUGAGAGGGCGAGAUUGCAGAUUUCCUAAUUUAAAAGGUGCUGCUCUUCCUUAAUGGUAUAAUUUUUUCAGUCUUCGAUGCUGAUGUGGUAGGUUAAAACCCAAAUAAUUUAGUACAUGGAGAACGUCUCCACUUUUUAAACAGUUGUUUGUUUUUGUUUUUUAUUGAGAGCACCGGAUAAUCAGUGCAACCAGAACACUGUUUUUACUGUUAAAAUUAUUCUAACUCCAUAGAAAUUGGAAGAACAAGACCGGAAAGCUCUAAAUAUUAAAGAACAGUUACAGCGAGAACAUCGAUACCUCAAGCGUAGAUUGGAACAGCUCUCCAUGCAGGGACUGGAACGAAUUCGCACAGACAGCCUGGGAUCAACAAUAUCUACGGAUUCUGAGCAAGGUAGGGGGGGCCUAGAAAUCACCAUGGGACUGUUAACUAAACUUAGACCGUAUAUUUCUCCAGGUUAUAUACUGGGCAUCUCAAAACAAGUACCGUAUUUUUCGCCCUAUAGGACGCACUUUUUUCCCCCUCCAAAAAUGAAGGGGAAAUGUGUGUGCGUCCUAAGGGGCGAAUGCAGGCUUUCGCUGAAGCCUGGAGAGCUAUCCAGGAAGCUAUCCGCAAGCCGUGGGAGAGCUGCCUGCACCCAGAAGCCUGGGGCGCGCUGAGCUCAGCGCACCCCAGGCUUCGGGCUUCGCACGGCUCUCUGCAAGCCGUGGGAGAGCUGCGCUUGCGGAUAGCAGCCUGUUCUGGGGGCUGGGGUGGGGGGAAGCUCAGGCUUCCCCCGCCCCAGCCCUGUGCCUGGGGGGGAAAUAAUUUUUUUUCUCUUUAUUUCCCCCCCAAAAGCUAGGUGCGCCCUAUGGGCCGGUGCGCCCUCUGGGGCGAAAAAUACGGUAUGUAUGUUAGAAUGUCCAGCGCCAGAAGUAGAGACAGUUCAAAGCAUAAUAGUCAAUUCUUUAAAAAACAAUAAAUCGGGAAAGCUGUGGAUGCAGUAUAUUUUGAUUGCAGUAAGGCUUUUGACAAAAGUCUCCUAUUAUAUUCUUGCAGAGAAGCUGGUAGAAUGUGGGCUGGACGAGGUAACUGUUAGGUGGAUUUGUAGCUGGUUGACUGACUGAACCCACAGAGUACCCAUUAAUGGUUUCUCGUGUCAAGUGGGGUGCCGCAGGGUUCUGUCCUGGGUCCGUUGUUGUUCAACGACUUUAUAAACAACUUGGAUGAAGGAAUUGAGGGGGAUGCUCAUCAAAUUCACAGAUGACACCAAACUCGGAGGGGUAGCUAAUGCUGCAGAAGGCAGAAUUGGGAUUCAAGAUUACGUUCACAGAUUGAAUUACUGGGCCAAAACAAAUUAAUUUCAGCAGGGACAGGUGACAGGUUCUGCACUUAGGCAGGAAGAAUCAGUGGCCAAAUAUAAGAUGGAGGACACCUGCAUUGCCAGUGGUACAUGUGAAAAGGAUCUAGGGAUCGGGAAAGAAGAUACUCCAGCUAUAUAUAUAUAUAUAUAUAUAUAUAUAUAUAUAUAUAUAUAUAUAUUAUUAAUUUUAACAUAUUGAUUAUCAUACAUACAACAAAACUUCACUUCUUAUACAAUCUUUUUGGACUUCCAUCAGCACUUCUGAUGAUCCACCUUUCUUAUCACUUCUUCUGCAUUUCUUAAAUUCAUAUUGCCUUUAAUUAUCUUAACUAACAAUUCUCCUCUUUACCAUUUUUGCAAUAAUUCAAAUAAUUCACCUUACAAAACUUCUUGCAAACCUACAAGCGUAAUCUGAUCGUCACAAUUCCUUUUCAAAUAGUCCGUAAAUUUACACCAGUCUUCUGUGAAUCUCUGGUCCCACAGGUUUCGAAUUCUUCCUGUUAAUUUGUCUAAUUCUGCAUAGUCCAUCAGUUUCAUCCUCCAUUCUUCUUUUGUCAGUCUUUCUUCUUGCUUCCAAUUUUGUGCCAAUAGUAUUCUUGCUGCCGUCAUUGCAUAUAAAAAUAAUUUACAAUCCUUUCUAUUUAUAUCAUCUCCUACAAUGCCAAGUAAAAAUGCUUCUGGCUUCUUAAUAGAUGUAUAUUUCAACAUUUUUUUCAUCUCAUUAUAUAUCAUUUCCCAGAAGUUUUUCACUUUUUUACAUUCCCACCACAUAUGAUAAAAUGUUCCUUCUUUUUCUUUACAGUUCCAACAUUUAUGACUCACUUUAUACAUUUUAGCUAAUUUAACAGGUGUAAUAUACCAUCUAUACAUCAUUUUCAUCACAUUUUCUUGUAAGGCAUAUUCAAAUAUAUAAAGGGCUGUCACACGGAGAAUGGAGCAAGCUUGUUUUCUCCUGCUCUGGAGGCUUGGGCUUGAACUGAACAAGAAGAGAUUCCAACUAAACGCCAGGAAGAACUUUCUGGUGGCAAGAGCAGUUGGACAACAGUCCCCCUCUUGAAGUGGUGGACUCUCCUUCCUUGGAGGUUUCUCAGCAGAGGUUGGAUGGCCAUCCGUCAUGAACACUUUAGUUGAGAUUCCUGCACUGCAGGGGGUUGGACUAGAUGACCCUCAGGGUCCCUUCCAACUCUACAACUCUGUGAUUCUGUGAAAGGAGCACCACAAGUGAAGGCGCUUCUCUGCAUGAUGAUGUAUUGCAUUCACACAGGAAAGCUAGUUUUAUUACUAUAGGCAUUGCAAUUUAGAGUCAAGAGAUGCUAAAAAAGAACAAGAAGAUGCCCCUCCCACACAAAUACACCAUUUUGUUUCUCCACUGUAAAUUCUGCAGUGCCAAAGCUGUUUCCCCUUCUUAAAAUGGUGUCAAGGCAUGUUUACCUGUUUGUUUGUUUGUUUGUACAUACCCUUCCCAACUGGCUGGGUUUCCCCAGCCACUCUGGGCGGCUUCCAACAAAAUAUUAAAAUACAGUAAUGCAUCAAACAUUAAAAGCUUCCCUAAACAGGGCUGCCAUCAGAUGUCUUCUAAAAGUCUGGUAGUUGUUGUUCUCUUUGACAUCUUGGUGGGAGGGCGUUCCACAGGGCGGGCGCCACUACCGAGAAGGCCCUCUGCCUGGUUCCCUGUAACCCUGCUUCUCUCAGUGAGGGAACUGCCAGAAGGACCUCGGCGCUGGACCUCAGUGUCUGGGCAGAACGAUGGGGGUGGAGACGCUCCAUAUAUACUGGACCGAGGCUGUUUGGGGCUUUAAAAGGUCAGCACCAACACUUGCAUGUAGUAAGCAGUGGUUUUUUUAGGGGGUACACACACCUCUUUUUUGUUGUUGUUUUUUUUGUUAAAAAGUGUGGCACUCACUGUAACAACCUCAUGGUGACUAAAGGUAAAGGGACCCCUGACCAUUAGGUCCAGUCGUGGCCGACUCUGGAGUUGCGGCGCUCAUCUCGCUUUAUUGGCCGAGGGAGCCGGCGUACAGCUUCCGGGUCAUGUGGCCAGCAUGACUAAGCCGCUUCUGGCGAACCAGAGCAGCGCACGGAAACGCCGUUUACCUUCACGCUGGAGUGGUACCUAUUUAUCUACUUGCACUUUUGAUGUGCUUUCGAACUGCUAGGUUGGCAGAAGCAGGGACCGAGCAACGGGAGCUCACCCCGUCGCGGGGAUUCAAACCGCCAACCUUCUGAUUGGCAAGUCCUAGGCUCUGUGGUUUAACCCACAGAGCCACCCGCGUCCCUUACAUUAAACUUACGUAAUUUGAGUAUUUGAAUGGAGACAUGAACUAUUACACAGGAAAGAAAUGUGGUAUAUGGUUGUGGCUAAGAGACUGAGCUCUGGGUUGGCAAGUCACUGGUUUGAAUCUCGCACCUCCUGUGCACUUGGAAAGAUUUCUUAGACAAGCCCUUUCCCCCCUGCCCUUCAAAUGUGUGCACACAUUUACAUCAUAGGAAUAAUAAUGACCCGUCUUACAAAGUUGUAAGUAUGGCUACAGUGGUAUCUUGUUUCUCAAACUUAAUCUGUUCCGGGAGUCCGUUCGACUCCCCAAAGUGUUUGAAAACUAAGGUGUGGCUUCCGAUUGGCUGCGGGAGCUUCCUGCACUCAAGUGGAAGCCGCGGCGGACGUUCGGCUUCUGAAAAAGGUUCACAAACCGGAACACUUACUUCCAGGUUUGCGGCAUUCGGGAGCCGAUUUGUUUGACAACUAAGCCGUUCAGGAACCAAGGUCCCACUGUGUAGGAAGCCCUCUGAACACUCUAUUUUUAUUUUUUGUAAAGUUUUUAUUAUUAAAAUAAUUCAGCAUUAAUACACACAUAUUGCGAACAUACAAGCAUACAAACAUACAUUUCAUACAAUCCUUAAAGAUGUUCAAACAUACCUACACUCAUUCCCACAGAUAAUUCCUUUUCCCAUCGCCAUCCACCACCCUUCACCCCACCUUUGUGUUAGACUUCCAAUCUACUCAAUUGCAAUUUCUUUCCACUUCUAUUGCUUUCUUUCACACACCUUUAACCUAAUUUCAUGCUUCUUUUUCUAUUACACAUUGUUAUCCAUCUUAUUUAGUAUUUCAGUAUUUAAAACGGAACUUAGUUAUUCUAAAAGGAGUUCUGAUUUUUUAAUAUGGUUUUGCAAGUAUCCUUUAAACACCUUCCAGUCCCUAUCUAUCUUCUUUUUUGAGAUCCUUCCAAUUUCUCCCAUUGUUUUGGAUAUAUUGUAAUACUCCAAUAAUUUGGCAAGCCACUCUGUUUUUGUUGGUAUAAUACCACUUUUCCAGUUUUUCGCAAUCAAUAGCCUUGCGGCUACUGUUGCGUAUAAAUAUAAUGUCUUGUCUUCUUCCUUUAGACUUCCUGGUACUAUUCCCAAUAGAAAACCUUCUGGUGUUUUCCUAAAUGAAUAUCUGAACAUUUUUUUCAUUUCGUGCUUCCCAAAAUUGUUUGAUGUUUAAACAAUUCCACCAUAUAUGCAUCAUAGUACCUUUUCCAGUGUUGCAUCGCCAGCAGACAUCGCUACAAUUUUUAUUAAUGUUGUAUUUUGAAGUAAUUUUCUUUCAAUAUAUAACACAAAGUGAAUUUCAUAUCUUCUUUCCACAAUUUUUCCCAUUGUUCAAACAUAAUAUUUUCCCCAAUAUCUUGCACCCAUUUAAUCAUGGAUGCUUUAACCAGUUCAUCCUUUGUUUCCCACUCUAAGAUCAGAUUAUAUAAUUUAGAUAUAUUUUUUGAUUUUUCUUGUAUUAAGUAUUUAUCAAAUUUUGAUAUUUCUUUUUCAAAUCCUAACUUGAACGCUCUAAAGCACUGUAUAAACAUCAGAUGGUGCGGUUCGGCUUGUCACAGUUCUGAAACUUCCGUCUUCUCUCCCAUUUCAAUUUAGAAGUAGACAUCGAAGGAAUGGAAUUCCCACCAGCUGAAAUGGACAGUAGCAGAAGUCCCAGCGAUGCGGAAGACAGUUUGCAAGGGAGCUCGAGCGACAGCGGCUACACACAUUCGCACAGACUCAAUGCCAGGCUUCUGUAGCGUCGAAGGGCACCGCUCAACUCAGGACGUUCUGACUAAAGCACUUACACGAAAUAUGCCGGACUGCCAUUCUUCCAGAAAACCUCAGCCCACAGUAAUCUGAAAGGAGGUUUUGUGCCCAGGGUUCGCCGAACGACGAUUGGUAUAUUCAAUAAAUUGCAAAUCAUGUUUUUUUCUACAAAAUGUGAUUAGAUACAGUUGCGGCUUAAAGUCCUUUAUUGUAGCCAUUGUGCACACUGUUAGUUCUGGGUGGGUGUGUGUGUGCUUUUUAAAAAUAUUUUUUUAAAGGGGAUUUCCCCCCCAAAAAAUGUUAAAAUACAAAGUGGGCAUAGCAAAUAACUACACACGCAGAUGGAGAUUUUCUGUUGGACGCUCAAAAAUGGGUUUGUCUCUGGCAAUAGGAACUUCUGUAGCCGAAACGGCGCGCUAAAGGCUCGUCCACAGUUCCGCUUGCCACAACAGUCUUUCCCAGGAAAACCUGCUUUUUACCACUGAAUCUGAUUGGGAUUUCUCUGAAUUAAGAGCGGGUUUUCCAGGAGAAAGUGACAUGACAAAGGCAAAACUGUUCGGACCAUUUCUUUGCACAGGUCAAAUGGAAGCGUAGCCUUAACCCUAAAUCUCUGCUCGUGGUUUGCUUGCGAUCCACAUUCUUUGGAUUCUGGCUGUAGUAGACCAAGGAUUGAAAAUUUAGGGGGGGAGGAUAUACUUUUUUUAAAAGUACAUUAUCAUUUUACAAAAAGAACCCCAACAACUUUGGUUAGCAAAUAUUCCUAUAGGAGAAGUUCUUUCGAUAUUUUUGAGACACACACACAAAAAAAAUGUAUAUGCUCUUGAUUUAUCAUCAAGCGUACUGUUCGUCUUCAAAAGAUGGGGGGGAAAGCUGAUUCUAAUCAGGACCUAAUGUGCAAUGACCCUAGCUUUCUAUGUUUUUAUAGUGACUAACUCCGGAAAAAAAAUUAAUCGCGUUUGCUUGCACAUGUAAAAAAAAAACACUCUGCUAACUUUUGAGGGUCAGGAUUAUUGUGCACAAAGAUCAGUUGCCUCUCAUUUGGUGAUUUUUAGUAAGGGUUGUUUAUUGUACCCCUGUUUUUACUCUCCACGAAAUGCUUUGACUGCGUAUGUAGCACUUGGCCCUCAGGAUUUUCAUUUUUUGUAUUUGCAUUUAUUAUUCCCGCCUUCUCAGACCGUGAUUCUGAUGAUUGUGCCAGAUCCAAACGAGUGAAUGUCAAUUCAGCAGAGGAGGCCCAUGUCUGCAGCUGAUACAUAUCAUAUAUUAUGAUGCUUAUCUAGUUCCCGUUUUAAGUGAUGGAAGCGUCAGGUGUACAUUGCAUUAUGUAUCUCCAUUCAGGUCAUUUAGUCUCACGUAGUCAGAUGGGACAAGCUGGAUUGGGGCCAACACACUCUCUUUUUCUAAUUGAUUUUAAUGUUUACCAUUCAAUAUUUCAGUAUUCUUUGUGAAGGAUUCAGAGCUCGAAUGAACCAGAGCUGGAUUAUCAUAUAGUUGUUUAGAAGAAAGCAAAACUGUUUGCUUAAUUUUUUUUCAAUGUUAUAUUGCUUUCUACAGCUGCAAAUACACUUAAAUGGAAGGCAUGGCUUUAAAUUACAGUAUUCAUAUUAAACCUUUUUCUUUCUUUUGUAUACUAUCAUUGGAAUUUGAAUUCCUUACAACAUGCAAAGAAAAUGCUGUAAAAUUGCAUCGUUUAUUUAGCGUUCAUCAAUAUGUUUAGAAUAUAAUUACCCCGAUUGUAGCAAUACUGCAACCUUGCCUUUUAAUACACUUUAAGCUUAGUGAAGUCAUUAGAGUUUGGCUUGCUGGUAAUUAAAAAUGGACCAAUCUUUGCAUCGCUACUUUAAGGUCUUUUUUAAAUAAAUGAAAAAGAUUAAAAGCUAUAUAGACUUUAGACAUGUUAUAUUGCCUGUAAAUACAUUUCCUAUUAAAUACUCUGUAUUAUAUUUUUCCUAACUCUUCCCAUUUGCUCAUAUAGAGAAAGGGAAUAGUUACAUACCUGAAUCGGAGUCUCAGGGACUCUUCACCUUAGUCAAAUUGUGCCUUGGUGACCAUUGAUCUAUUCCUUUUCCUUUUCUUGUUUUUAAACCUUAGUGUGAUUACUUCAGAAGCACCAGUCAGCAUGUUUGAGUAUAUCAUCUUGCUGAAGGUGAAGCUCUGAGACCUCUUGGUUUUUUUUAAAAAAAAGAUGCUUUUAGUGCAGGGAAAAUAAUCAUUCCAAUGCCUAUACCCAAUAAUUUAACCCCACUUUAAAAACAUGUAAUAUUCAUGCGUCUCUGAUCAGUGGCUUCCAAGAAAGCCAUAUAAACUCUGUUCCAGAAGUCCAUGUGUUCAGAUGCACAUAAGGAUAUUUUCUGCUCCUGAUUUAAACGGAGAGGGGUCACUCUGUGAGAAAACUAUUCUUUCCGUUUAAAUUAAUUGGGAGACUCGCUCUAGGGACAGGGAUCUACUGAGUAGACCGCAGGAUCAGGGCCAUGCUGUCAGCUGCUACAACCUAAGGCUGCAAUUGAAUAGUUUUAGCGUUGAACUAAAUUUUAUACGGCAACGAACUGGUGAGAAGGGUGAAACAAAAUAUUUUGGGUGCCUUUCUGGCAUCCCAGAGGCACCCUAGGGCAAGACCUGCCCCCAUCACUGCCAGCUCCUGCUUCUGAGCAUCAAUAAACCUUUCCGCUUUCCUUCCUACUAUUUUCAAACUGGGGGUUAACAAGUGGGAAUUUUAACAUUUUUUAAAAUCAGGCAGCCUAGAAAUAGACGGAGGCAGGCAUGCUGGUGUUCCGCUCUUCAUUCUGCCAGCUCAAGCCCCAGCAGGAUGUAGGGCGAAGCAUUUUCAAAACACACCUUAAGAUUGCAGCCUUUGCUGCUUCCUUUAAUACUCAGUGUAUUAUUUUCCCCGUGGUGCUCACAGUGCAGAAAACAAAAGGUCGGCUAUACUUUUGGCAGCUUACAGACCUUGUUAGCCCGGAACUUACUAACCAAACCAUGCUACUUCAAAAGCAGCCAUCUAUUUUGUAGUCAUUCCUCCUUUAACCAGGGGGAAGACGCCUAAAGCUAUAAACUGGCAGCUAAAUUGGAAAUAAACCUCUGUUAAUGCUCUUGCAUUGUACACUUUGCAUAUGAUUAAAACCUUUCGUGAGAAAAGAUACACAGCAAUAUAAGCAUUGUGUGUAGUGGAAAGCAGCAUUAAUUACUAGCUCCUCUUGAUUGCAUUUAAUGUUGAAAAUCAUGAUAUCUAUUUUUUAGAAGUUUACUUUAACUGUUACUGGGGAAAACAGUUGCGUUGUUGUGUUUCUUUUACUAUAUAAUGAAUGGAUUCAUGGCUUGUAAAAUGUUGGCUUUCAUGAAAAAGCAGCUCUUGCACAGAACAUUUCAAACAUAAAAAUCUGAGCGAAUGGAAAAGAGAUCUCAUGUAAAACAUUGUUGACUUUAUGCUACUCUUUAAAAAUAAUAAUGAAUGUGUACAAUUUAAUGAACUCUUCCAUGCUGGGUAUAAGUGGCUUUGUAUAUCUUUUAUAUUUUCAAUAAAGAUUACUCCAGUAUUCUAAGUUGCAUAUAAAAA